GUUCAAAGCUGGUUCGAGCGCGCCCGUGUUUGUCUGCAUGCAAGCUAAAGGGUUCGCACAACAAGCAGGGCACGUCUGCAGAACUCUUUGAUAACAAACAUGUCGGACAUCUUCCUGAGUAAAGAUGCUUAUGGCAUUCUGAAGAACAAGUUUGUUGUUGUGAUCGGAUCAUCAGUUCAAAGGUCAAUCUACAAGGACUUGGUGAUGUUGCUGCAGAAAAACAGCUAUCUGAAAGAUCGUCAACUUCGGGCCAAGGGCGAGAUGAACUUUGCGGCUGACGUGCUAUUACACGGGGGUAAGAAAGGCGAGAUGAACAACGGUAUCCACUAUCGCGAAGUACGACAAUACAAAACAGAUUACCACCUGGUGCGAUUUUACUUUGUGACACGCUGCUUUAACAACUAUGUGAAUUCCAUAUUGACCGAGCUGAAGGAGGAACCACGGCCUGACAUUGUUAUCAUUAACUCGUGUCUCUGGGAUAUAACCAGGUAUGGUGAUAGCUAUGUGAGUGAUUACAAGGUGAACCUGGAGAAGCUGUGUGUCUGUAUGAAGAACUGUUUGACAGAGAACUGUUUGGCUUUAUGGAACACCACCCUGCCAGUGUCCAGAAAGGCCAAGGGUGGCGUCAUUGUUCCAGAGGUAGAACAUAUGAUGAACUCUCUACAACUGGAGGUACUGGAAGCAAACUUUGUCGCACGUCAAAUCGUAGCCUCGCAUGGAUUUGAUGUGGUUGACCUGCACCACUUCCUACGUUACCACCUACACCGUCGGGCAGAGGAUGGCAUUCACUGGGAUAUGACUGCACAUCGCCGGAUCACCAAUUUGCUUCUAUCACAUAUCACAGAGGCUUUCGGCGAAAAGUUGCCAAAUCAGACAGAGGUUAAGGGGGUCGUGAAGCCUUGUACAGCCAAUCUAAACCAGGUAAAAAAGAACUUCACUCAAAGAAAUCGGACAGAAAAUGGAAAUUCUGUCUCUCUUGGAUUACAGUUGCAGAAUACUAACGUUGUUCCGAAUUUUCUGCGGAAACCUCCCCAGAACAUGUGCCUGUCUGUCCAUCCUUUGGCCCAGUCACAAAAUGUUCGGCAACAGGUUAACUUUGGGCAGAUUCAAGUCGGCAACAUGCCCAGCAUUGAAGAGCGGUACGGUGGACCAAUCAGGAAAAUGGGCUAUGGCUAUUUUCAAGUUGACAACCAUGUGGCAAAUUAUGGUACUAGGACAAACAGCCAACAACAUUGCACAGACAUGGGCAGGGGUUUGGCCUUGUUCACUGAUGAGAUGAAUCCAGUAGACUUCGCCGAAGACUACCAAGAGAAUUGUUUGAACUUUCAGGAAAAUCAGCUGCCUGAUAAUAACCAAAUGGUAGAUGAUGUUGAUUUCAGCUCAAAUAAUUUCAACGCAUGUGAUAAUUUCGGCCAGAACAUUGAGCCGUACAAUUGGCAGCCGUACGGUCGACAGAACUAUCAUCCACCCGGACACCAGACAAUGCCUCCGCGGCACAUGCAUCGCAUUGUCCCCUAUAAUCAGAGAAGAAGGGGCUAUCCACCAGGAAUGGCAGGGCCAAGAGGUGUUUGCAUGCAAAACAUUAGGUUUUUCCGUUAGUGCUCGACUGAAGCGAUAUUUUUCUUGAAGCCAACUUCAGAUUGUUUUUGAUGUGGUUUUUGUUUUUGAUGUGGUUUUUGUUUUUGAUGUGGUUUUUUUUCCCAA